GUGGUAUCCCACGACUAUGUCACCCCCCAAACAGAUGAAGAUCAUGGACGCGGUGAAAACCCGAAAAAAAGACGGGGGAAAGAAAGACAAGAUGGCGGCGAUGCGCCUGGCAUGUCGGACGACCAGUCAGACGCUGAGUCCAUCUCCUCCAAACUAUCGGACUCUAUGAUUACAGAACGAAGCCUGCAUAGAAUGCUGCAAGAUCUCCGAUCUACCAUUAGAAAGGACUUCCUACAGAUCGACAGUGAACUGAGGAAGGAAAUUUCAACGCUGGGUGACAGGACCAGUCAUUUAGAAAACAAAUCCGAUGAGCUGUGUGUAGCUCACAACGAAGUAGUAGAUAAACUUCAGAAACUCUCAGAAGACAACAAUACACUUCAAUUAAAAUUAGCAGACUUGGAGGACAGAUCCAGAAGACAGAACGUCAGAUUUAGGGGUAUACCAGAUGAUAUCUCCCAUGACGCCCUACCUGCUUUUAUACUAUCUAUUUGUAAAUCAUUAGUCCCAGACUUGCCUGACUCUGCCUGGACUUUCGAUCGCAUGCACAGACUUCCACGUCCGGCACGUAUGGCGAAUGAUGUCCCUAGAGACACCAUUGUGAAAUUCCACUAUUUUGCACACAAGAACACCCUGCUCAACGCAGCACGGAAAGCAGGCACCUUACCUGAACCCUUUCAGAAAAUAUCUUUAUUCGCAGACCUAUCGGCUUCCACAAUGGCACGUCGGAAAGAAUUUAUAACCAUCACUAAGACCCUGCGCAACAAUAAUAUUUCUUACAAGUGGGGUUAUCCAACGAAGCUUCUGAUCUGGAGACAAGGCAGAACAUCGGUCAUAACCGAACCAGCCGAAGGCAUGAAAGCACUCAACUCCUGGGGUCUCUGGAAUGCGACUACAACAUCCUCACAAGACGCACCAGCAACAGACCUUUCCUCGAAAAAGCUUCAGGCGGAUUGGAAAAUGACGGGAUCGUCAUCUACAAAACCAUGA